UAAUCAUGGUUUUUAGAACUAUUUUAUAGUCUUAACUAAUUUAUAUGAACUUUGGAAGACUGUCUUUUAUAGAUAGAUUUUGGGAGAGUGAAAUAGAAAACAAAAUAAAGUCAUUUGGCUACCUAGGAAAACUAAUAUUAGGUGAAAAGAAACAACAAUCAACAAAUUACCAGUUCCAGACUCCCGAGGAAAAUCUAACCACAAAUCAGAGGCUAUGAAAGGGGCAGAAAGUUAGACUUAGAAACCAGCCUUGGUGCUUUGCCAAGUGGUCAGCAGCGACACAUUGCAAUUUUCCUUGCAUAAACUGUCCACACAACAUCCCGGAAACUGAUGCAGGAACAUCGGAGCUAGCUAGCUCUUAAAUUUGCCUUCGCUUUGACAAUGGAGACGCCGGUUUGAGAAACUUGACAAAGGGUAGAGGUCGGAGCAGCAUCGAUGGCUAAACUGAACGGCUUGCAAGGGAUCAACACGGCUCAUACUCCCGAAACUCCCCGAGGUCAUACACACCAAAGUCUUGAUCAAGUUCUCCAAGCUCAUUCCUCAUCUGUACUUGGGGAGGACCAUGAUUAUGAAGACUGCCAUGUCCAGAAUAACAAGAAAUCGGUUCUUACCAAAGUGAAGGAAAAGGAUCAGAAAUUGCAACAGAGUUUGAGCAGCAAGAAGAAUGGGAAUGAGGACAGUGGAGCAUCCCCAGGGGUUCCCUUGGACGAAGGGGCAGAUGGUGAAAAUCCCGAGUAUCUUGGAGCCCCAAUGUACGAAUCAGAGAUGGCGCCUGAGCCCUACAAAGAGAUGGCGAGGCAGCAUCCCAGGUCAAAUCCUGUGAUUUCUGAGGACCAUGAGCCAAAUAAUAUGAAAUGUGAAGCCGAGCAAGAUCAAGAGAAGCCUCCUAGUCAAACCAAGACCCUAACAGAAACAGUAUCAGAGACGCUUGUACCAGCAUAUGCCGCUAUUGCAUCAAAGAUUGCAUCACUGACUGUUGCAGCCCCAACUUCACCAGACACUGCGGAGCAUGCUGGAAAGAGCACAGUUCCCGAGACUCGAGAGCAUGUUACUGAUGGCCAGCAAACAAGGGGUACAGGUGUAUUGCCGAAGGAGCAACUCAAGCACACGCCAGGGGAUGUGGGCCUGGGAGAGAACGCAAGAGGGGCUGCAACUUCAUUGCGAAACAAUGAAGAGCCCUUCAAAUCUACAACCAGAGCGGCAAGUGGAUCGCCAUCACUUCCCAAUUCUACCGAUCCGCAAGUUGCUGAGGAAGAAAGCCGCGGAAGGAUACUUAAAGCAAACUGAAGCAGAACAUUCUUUCAAGUGCAAAAAUAAAGCAGCAGCCUUGUGGAUUUUGUGUACUUUUAUCUACUACCUAAUAAACUCAACUCAGUGAUCAGCGUCAACCAGUAUAAAGUUUCUUUAUUUAUUCAUUAGAGUUUCUAGGAAAUGUAUAUCAGCAAUGACCCGUGUGCGUGGAUUCAUAAAGUUUGGAAGUUUAAUCACAAAGAGAUUCGAAUAAAGUUCCAGAAUUGGUGCAUAUGAAUCUGAGUCAUAAGGAGAGAGCUUCUCUUGUUCUAGGACUAAGUAGUUUGUGUACAAUUUUACAUGUCAGAAUUUAUUUAACUUUUUACCAUCAUGCAUAUAUAUGCAGAUACUGUUCCAAAGAAAACUGCAGAGAAUACAAGGAAACAAUAGAGAGAGAGAGAGAGAGAGAGAGAGAGAGAGAGAGAAUGUAACUUGAUUUAACACAAUGCCCC